GCACCCACUCAGCCCGCCCAGCACAGAGGGCACUACAAAUCCCUCUGUGUGACCAGCCAGGGCAGAGCUCUGCGCUCCAGAGGGCAUUUCCACAGGGAGCAAUGGCUCAGUGUCUUCUGCUCCUUGCUUUCCUGCUCAUCUUGGCUGUACCAGGCCAUUCUGUGCACACACAAAGCCUAAACAUCUUUAAGAAAUCUCCCUCCAACACUUCAUCGAGUGUUCUGAAGCGAACCACUUGGCCCAGGGACUGCAGUGAGGUUCCAGCUGGCAGCCCCAGUGGUGUCUACAUCAUCCAGCCCUCGGGACUGCACCCCAUCAGGGUGUACUGCGAGAUGAGCGGGGCAGACGGGGGCUGGACCAUCAUCCAGAGGAACCAGAGGGACACGGAUAUCACCUGGGCUGAGUCCUGGAGCACCUACAAGCACGGCUUCGGGAACGUGCGCACCGAGUUCUGGCUGGGCACCGAGUACAUCCACCAGAUCACCAGGCAGAAGAUCUACCAGGUCAGGUUUGUCAUCUGGGAUGCUGCCAACAACAUGAGGUUUGCAGACUACAACCUGUUCAGCCUGGAUGAUGAGUCCCAGGGCUACCGGCUCAGGCUGGGAGCGCACUCGGGGACAGCAGAGGAUGCCAUGGAUUCUGACAACCCCAGGAAAGUGCACAACAACAUGAAGUUCUCCACAAAGGAUCGGGAUCAGGACACUUACAGAGGGAACUGUGCCUCGCGCUAUGGGGGCGGGUGGUGGUACUCAGCAUGUUACUCUGUGCAGCUGAACGUCAAGGGGGGCCUGACGUGGGGCAGCCUGUGCAAGGGGAACUGCAGAGCCUCAGCCAUCCUCAUCAAACCUACUCCAUACCCCUAGAACUCCUUCCCCCUUCU